AAGCGAUGAGGUCAUCAUUCRUCUGUGUGCUUUGAUUGGCUAAUAGACUAGUCACGUGAACAAUUGAGCUAGUUACCUUACGCGCAGAGGGUAUUGGGUAAAAUUCAAGAUGGCAGCCAUCAGGGGAAUGAGCUURAAAAAUGUCGUGAAAAUAAGAGGCACUUUUUGUCCUUACGACCCAAGAAGUAGCACUAUAAGUUCAGUUGAUAAAGAAGUGCAAGUUUUCAACACUGCCAGUUUCAAGUUAAUGGAAUUGAUUGCUCAGUUUAACAUCAAAUGUAGGGAAAAGGAAAAGUAAGAUGAUAUGGAGUAACUGCUGAACGGGAAGGUACCUCAGAGUAUUGUAGCAAAUAGAAAACCAGGAAACAAAUGAACUAAUGCCAUACAUGAGAUUUGAAACCUGGAAUACUAUUACAAUUGUUUUCACUGUAAUGCACUGUUACAUAUCCAGUGCAAACUCGUCUGUUACACUUUGCCAGAGGUCCAUGCUACCUGCUAGCUACAUGUUGUGGUGUGGUUUGAUUUUCAAGUMRAAACAAYUGUGUUAUUCUUAGAGUUCAUACUACAUACAAUGAGGUUGCCUGGUAACAUACCUUCUCAAUAUGGUCAUGCUUCAAGACCUCUGAGUUUUCAUCAAAGAGACUAUAUGUUYGGAUGAUAUCCACUUAAUCAUGCAUGUAACUCCAAAAGUUUCUUCUCAUCGAGGUUUAACACAAUCAGUUCCUUGGAAUCAAACAGAGAAGGAUGCCAUUCCUUGGUUUGUUGAUAAUCUCAGCUGUCAUGYCGGCUUCCUCAGGAUCUAUUUCUGACUUGAUGUUGAAAUUGAAGUCUUUGAUAACUGAUUUAAUUCAAUAUAAAGAUUUACAAAUGGUAGACUUUAAUAGUAAUGAUUUUUAGUCUAGGCAGAAAGGAUGGUAGAUGUAAGAUAUUCUACAAAUUGCAGCCAUUGUCUUCCCCCUUCCCCAUAACAAUAUCUGGGUGUUCCRUAAAGUCCACCUCACCCAAUUKUUUUACAUUUGGAAAGAAAAKUUUAGGAGUUAUGAACCACAAAUUCACAUUAACAUAUUGACAAACAUUUCAUGGAUGUGAUUUUUGCAUAUUACUCRAAAUCGAACAGAUGAAUUUGUUUUUAACUAUUCCAAAACGUUAUGCAAUAGUUUGAAGUUAAUGGUGAUGUCUACUGCUUUUCUGGAUCUCAUCAAUUUUUUGAGAUAUUUGRGAAAAACGAAKUUCGACAAAAUGCAAAUUCCGUUGCCUAGGUAACGUUGAUAGAGCUAAAUAUUAUGCCAAGCAAAACUUUGGCCAAAGGUUUAAUACUGGUCCAAACAUGAAACAAAUUGGUGCAUAGCAAUAUUUUCAAAAAGCGAAUUUAAAAUGAGAGGUGUGGUUGAAAAACAACUGUGGGAAGCCACCUUAAAAAAGUGCUUGCAUUUUAAGAAUGUGCCGGCCGAAGAGGCCUGGGCACGACUAAAAAAAUUGGGUGAGGUGGACUUUAAUGUAAAAGGUACAGUUCAUUGUCUAACAAGAGGCGACACUGAAUCAGGAGGAGGGGGCUGGAGAACAGGRUGCCUUUAAUAUGCUAUUUCAGUGUGCGAUUAUUAAUCCUGAAAUAAAUAUGGAGAAUACUUUAA